AUGGCCCGCCCCCAAGCCAGCUUUGCCGAAGAAAAUGCUGAGGGCUUAACGUCCAGGCCAGUGCCCGCAUGCAUCCCAGCCACCGACGUAUCCGAAGCUAUGGCGGAGAGUAAACUUCCGACAACGGGAGAAGAACUGGAUUUGAACAAUGAGAUUCGGGUCACAGGGACAAACGAAAGUCAAGUGACAUCAAAUGACACCAAACUGGAGGUAUACGAUGAUCCAUUAAGAGAUGUAGCAAGAGUAUGUCUCGAGGAAGGUAACAAAGAAUACAGACAGGGAGAACAUCAAAACGCGAUAAACUCCUACUCGGAAGGUCUUCAAGUGAACUGCGAAGAUAUACGGCUGAACGCCAAGCUUUAUAGCAACAGAGCAGCAGCUCAUUUCCAUUUGGGAAACUACGAGGAAUGUCUCAAUGAUGCAACAGUUUCUGUUCAGUUAGAACCCAGUUUAAUCAAAGCUAUUAAGAAAGCCGCCAGUGCUUGCGUGGAGCUUUGCUUGUACAAAGAAGCAAGGAGCUGGCUACAUAUGGGAUUGGCCGUAUCCUUUAACGAGUGUUUCAAACGUUAUACGCAAAGAAAU